AUGUGGCUUGGGGAUCAUACAUCACUCACGGAAAAUGCUGCAAGAUGGCAAUACAAGGAAGAAACAAUCCACAGCUGGAGUCCUUUCUACGUCGCCGACCAAAUAGGAAAGUCAGUCCCAAAUGGCAAACACUACGAAUGGCCCUUCGAGCUCUUUAUUCGAGGCGACCAAGAAGAGACCUUCAAAGGCUGCACUCGCUGUAGCAUUACAUACCUCCUCGAAGCAUCAACCAUCCGUUCAGAUUCCUCAAAGAAUGCCUCCUCGUUUACGCCCAUUCGAAUCAUCCGAACACCUGCCUUUUCUUCAUACGAGCUUAUGGAUCCCACAUCCGCACAUGGAAAGUGGUCAACCAUAUCAGAGUACAACAUUUCUAUCCGACACCGAGCAAUAGCAUUGGGUGGGCUGAUCCCCAUCGAGGCUCAGGUUGCACAACUUUGUUCAACAAGCAACAUUUCGAAAGCACGAUUUUACUUGCGCGAAACACAUACUGUUGAGGACAAGUCUGACUCGGAGACCAUGUCUUAUGAAGGGCAGCGCAUUGUCACAGAGUGGCCUCUGAACUUGAACCAGUCUGUACAAUUACAAUCCUGGCAGCAAUGCUUGCAUCUUCCAUUGGCCGUGAGAAAUUGCUCCCCAGACGUUUCGAUGCACGGCAUCACAAUCAGUCACACCUUGCAUUUUGAAGUAACGAUGGUCACGAACGGUGUCACAACAGAGGAGGAGGUUUCGCUACCUAUACACUUGUUCAUUUCGCCCGAGCUUCCCGUUAAUGGAUGGGGCGUGUUCGUGAGAAAUAACAACAUAGCAUCGAAAGAGGUCAAGGAUUUGUUGUCCGAGGGUAUAAGAGUUCCACCACGAUAUUGCAGGGAAGAGUUUGACGUAGAAGAGUAUGGUAUACCUGUCGGUGCGCCGCCGCCCGCAUACAGCGAGUGUUGA